UCUAGGUUAAAAAAUUGCCCCAGUAAUCUUGACCCCCUCCACCCUCGUUUGACCUCGCGCGCAGCACCUCCUCCAUGACGGCGCCUCCCACCUCCGUUCGACAACCCCGGAGAGCACACCAAGACAGUAGCCUAGCCGCCGUUCGACCCCAGGACAGAAACCCCACCAUUGCUCGACAUCCACAACAGUUCGUGUGACUGGAGUCAACCUCUCUUCUCCGGCGACUGGAUCCUUCCUUCUCAGGUGACAACACCUCAGGUGCACUACGGAUUCUCCAGACCAUCAUGGUUAGUAGAUGGUAACAUAAUCUCUACAAAGAUCAAGAGUGCAUCUAGCAACCAUGAUCUUGAAAGAGUUAAUUAGAAAAGCAACCCAGCUAGAGCCUGUCCUAAUUGUGAAUUUGUGAUUGACAACAAUGAAGUAAGAUUUCCAUUAUUUCUUUAUCCUUUGUGUACUUGGGAGAAUUAGAAAGAUGACAGAGAAAACGGAAUCACGGGGGCAAAGAAACAAGCUCUGAGGUCCCAGCCUCUCAUGGGCAUCCACAUAGUGAUAUCUACAGUUUUCUGGUGCUGGGGUUAGGCGGGGAGCCUAGUUUCAUUAAAUAAAAAUUCUGGACGAAUUUUUAUAAUGCCAUAUUAUUGUCUGGUGAAGUAGAAUUUUAUUGAAUAACUUGCUAAUAGUAGGGCUAACUACUUAAAUCAUAGGUAUAAGCUCUUUUAAUGUAGACUAUGGGUUCUACUUUGCAUCUAUUAUAAUUGGGUUACAGGAUGGCUACUCAUAAUGAGUGCGAAGAUUUUUCAUAAUAUUGUCUCAUUUGUCAGACGAAGUAGAAUUUGCUAGUGUAACUUUCUUACAGUAUGGUUAAAUACUUAAAUUCUACUUAUAAAGCUCUUAUAGACUAUGAGAUCUCCAUCUCGUCUAUUAUAAUUAAGUAGCAGCUUGUUUAAUUAUAACAAGUGCAAAGCAUUUUCAGAAUGCCAUCUUAUAUGAUCUGGAAAAGUAGAGUUUGGUAUGGCUGCUUAGUCCCCUGCAUCUGUGAUUUACCAAAAAUAUAUUUCCCUUAGUGGCCUCCUGGACAUUCUCAAGGAUCAAGGUACUGGAUUUGGAAAUUUCUGUCAUGCUAUUUGUGUGCUUACUGUAUAUUUCCUGAGCUGUUUCCUAGAGAGAGUUUUAAUUGGCUGGGUGAAGAGAGAGGGAGAGGCAAGUUCUCGAAAUCCUGUUCUGUUUGUAAUUUUUUUGAUACGUUCUCAUAAUACAAUCAUUCUCCCUAAUGAUCCCUACGAGUUAAUGAGUGGAAAGAUGGUAGAUGGUUAUGAAUUAUAUUGGGAAGUGAGAAUUGAUUCAAAAAUGUUUUUCUUUUUUUGCAAUGUGGUAUACUCUAGACUAGUUGUGCAAUCCAAGAUGUUGAACUUAGAGAGCUAUUACAUAGCUACUACGGAGCCAGUGAGAAGAAAUAUCACAUUAAUAAUUUAGACGAAGAUAAGGUUAUGGUGUUUUAUAAUGUGGCCGUAAUUAAUGACAUUAGCCUUCAGCCACCUCAACAAAUUAUUGCAGUAGUUUGAAUAGCUGCGUGGCACAUCUUGGUCAAUCCAUGCUAAAAUUUCUCUUGAUUUUGCUCAUUUAUUAUUUUAGAAAGAAUGUUUACCCAAUCUGUCAGUGUUCUCUCACAUUAUUGAUUGCUAGUUUUACUUGUAUAUAUGUUUCUUACAUAUUUUCUAACUUCCAUGCUCAAUUCUGAUCUUUUCAUGCGAUCCUCUACUUGAGAACUUUUAUUUAUUUAUUUUUUAAUGUUUUCUGGAGGAUAGAGAGCCUAGUUCAUUAUUUCAUCUUGUUCUGGGAGAAUUAGGCCAUUUGGAUUCUUAUUGAUGUUGCUGUCUAAUAAUGACAUUUUCUCUAGUAUGGCAAUGGAUGUGUUGAAGGAAAACUGUGCCAAUAUUGUUUUAGUAGAAUAUAUUUAUCAUAGUACUAAAGUCAUAUUAAUGGAGCAUAAUAGCAUGUUAACAUGAUAUUGAAACAUACCAAUCCUGUCUGUACUUGAAAAUAUUUGUAAAAUUGUCUUUGCUGCUAUUAUGUUGUAUUCCUCAUGAACAUAAGGCAACAACUUGAAUUGACAGGCUUUUCAGAAGUAGUGUUAGUGAGACCUUGUAGUGUAACAAUUAUUAUAAUUUUUAUUUCAUUUUUCAUGCUGUCCUCCUAAAUGUUGGUUUCUGAACAUCUUGCAAAGCUUUACACAAAGAAAAUGUUUCAAUUGCUACAGUCUGCUUAUUCUACAAUAAGGAUCCAAGACACUUCUCUUUUUCUAGGAAUGAACGAGGAUAAUUCCACAAAUUAUUUUAGAAAAUUACAACAAGAAAGGCGUAAUCAUUUACAAUACCUUCAUAGGACCUCACGCCAUAACUAUACUGAAUUGGAAGCUGAUUUACAAGCUAAGUGGGGCACAACAGAGCAGAUAGAUCGAUCUAUACUCUGGAAGGUGGCCAGAAAAGAUUCUUCUGGCAACUUGUCACCGAGUGUGACAAGGUCAUGGGAGAGGCCAUCGAAGAAAUGCUUGAGCAAAGAAAAGAAGGCAAACUGAUUGAGAUCGAAACAAAUGACAUCCCAACACAAGUUUUAGGUACUGCUGAGCACCUCGGUCGAGUUCGAGGCCAGAUUCAAGGUGUCAC